UACAUGAAUGCACCAGCAGGCGCUCGGGCACGCGCAGGGUGCGAGGCGUCGCGAGCGACCGCGGGAAGGAAGGAGACGCAGAAAAGGAGAUCGAUAGAUCGAGCUCCGCUAAACAGGUGGUCGGUAAGAGAGGCACAGAGGGAGAGGGAGACUCCCACAUACAUCAGAUUACAAUGUCGUACUGGGGGGAGAGAGGCAGAAAGACGGCGCUUUAGCGGAUCAACCAGCGAAAGACCCUAAACCAAACAGAGAGCCCCCAGCGCCUCAUGCCGCUUCUGGACUUCUUCCGACUCUUUUCGCCGGGCUUGGGAGCAUCGAGCGGGCGCGGAAGGACACCAUGAAAGUGACGGUGUGCUUCGGAAGGACGCGCGUGGUCGUGCCGUGCGGGGACGGUAACAUCCACGUGCACGCGCUCGUCCAACAAGCCGUCAUGAGGUACAAAAAGGCCAUCGCCAAGGACACCAGCUACUGGCUGCAGGUGCACCGCCUGGAACACGGAGAUGGUGGCAUCUUGGACCUGGAUGACGUUCUGUGCGAUGUGGCAGAUGACAAAGACCGGCUGAUCGCCAUCUAUGACGAGCAGGAACCACACCAUGGCGGUGACGGCACCAGUGCCAGUUCCACUGGCACCCAGAGCCCAGACCUCUUCACCACCGUGGACCUCAGCACGGGCGGUGGUGCCUCUGCCUUUCAGCCCUACCAGGCGGCUAGCGAAAUCGAAGUCACACCGUCAGCCCUGCGCACCAACAUGCCCCUGCACGUCCGCCGCAGUAGCGACCCUGCUUUGCUGUGUCUCAAUGGGCCAUUCAGUGGUGGUGGCGUUGAUUCGCGGGCCCAAGGGGAAGAACCUCCGUCGCGAAAGAACCCAACCCGAUGGUCCACCACGGCCGGCUUCUUAAAAGCGCGCCAUGCCUCGGCCACCAAUAGCCUGGAGAGAAAGGGUAAAGGCUUGGACACGUACCGCAGCCUGCCCAGGGACGCUGGAACAUGGGCCAAUCAGAGAGAGUUUCAGAGGGAGACUGCACGCUCAUCCCUCAGUGCCAAUCACCCAAUGGUAGACCGAUGGUUGGAGAGGCAGGAACAGGAGGACGAGGCAAGAGAGCAAGAAAAUGGUCGCAUUGAGCCAGUGGGCAGAGCUGAAUCGUGCUUGGACCACACCGCCUCCACCCCUAGGUCUCUCGAAGACAUAAUCAAAGUAGUGGAGGUGACAAAUGACGGCGGGCCCCUGGGAAUCCACGUGGUGCCUUUCAGUGGCAGAGACCGCAGGACUCUUGGCUUGUUGGUCAAGCGUCUGGAGCGAGGUGGCAAAGCCCAGCAGCAGUCCCUCUUCCAGGAGAAUGACUGUAUCGUCAGAAUCAAUAACGGAGACCUCCGGAACAUUCGCUUUGAACAAGCCCAGAACAUGUUCCGCCAGGCCAUGCGUUCUUCCGUCAUUCUGUUCCACGUGGUGCCGUCUUCGUUGAAAGCCCACUACGAGCACCUAUCCCAGGCCGAGAGGAAUCCAGCAUACUCGUCAGGCCGCUUCAGCGCCGACUCUGCAUCCGACGGCACGGAUCCCGCGCCUCAUAGGAUGUCCCGGCACGGCUCGCAGAAGCACCCGAAUACUCACCCGCAUCAGGAUCAACCAGACGGCUACCCGCCCAGCGUUCACGCACCUGUUGUCUCCGCCGCCAAACCUCCCACUGGUCAAAUCCAAUCGCCACAAAAGGGGCAGACUUCCACUCUGACUCCUGGAUACAACAAGAAGGUUGGGAGGAGGCUCAAUAUUCUGCUCAAGAAAGGGCCGGAAGGAUUGGGCUUCAGCAUCACGUCGCGAGACGUCCCCAUCGGGGGCUCGGCGCCCAUCUAUGUCAAGAACAUUCUACCGCGGGGAGCCGCCAUUCAGGAUGGACGCCUCAAGGCUGGCGACAGAUUACUGGAAGUCAACAGCAUCGACUUGAAUGGUCGCAGGCAGGAGGAGGUGGUGUCCAUCCUCAGGGCCACGCCCAUGGGGGGCACAGUGGGGCUGCUGAUCCUCCGCCAGGAAGACACCGUACUCCCUCAAGAAGCACAGAGCAGCGAGGUCCAGAUGCAGAUGCAAAGCCUCAGAGAUUUGAAGCCUGAGGAAGACGAACUCGUGCUGACGCCGGAUGGCACUCGUGAGUUCCUGACCUUUGAGAUUCCGCUCAGCGACUCGGGCUCUGCGGGAUUAGGUGUCAGUGUCAAGGGGAACCGCUCCAAGGAGAACCAUGCUGACCUUGGCAUCUUCGUCAAGUCCAUCAUCAACGGAGGCGCUGCGUGCAAGGAUGGGCGCCUGCACGUGAACGACCAGCUGAUAGCUGUCAACAGCGAGUCGUUGCUGGGCAAGACCAACCAGGACGCAAUGGAGACGCUGCGCAAGUCCAUGUCUACUGAGGGGAACAAACGCGGCAUGAUCCAGCUCAUCGUGGCCAGACGGGUCAACAAGAGGAGCCAGGAGGCACCAGGGGGGCCUCUGGGACCUCAGCAAAGCACGAACACUUUGUCUCUAGACGAGCACGAACGUCGUAUCUCCCACUCCCUGUAUGGCGCUCUGGAGGAUCUGGAUGACAACUUGAUGCCUCGACAAGGCAUGAUGCCACGCACAGUUGGCACCUACCAGCUUUCGCCGACUGUUAACAUGCCGCAGGACGACACGGUCAUCAUUGAGGAUGAUGGGCCGCCGCUCCUCCCUCCUCACUUGUCGGAUCAGUCGUCGUCCAGCUCCCAUGAUGACGUCGGUGGGAGUGGAGGUGGAGGUGGCAGUGCUGGCAACGGCGGCGUCUUCAGCACUGACGUGACGCCGUCCUGGGCACGAGAGAUCCCUGCUCCCAAGGACAGCUCGCAGACUCCGAACGAGAGCCACGCCGCCGACGCUGCCUUCCAGCGGGAAGGUUUCGGCCGCCAGAGCAUGUCGGAGAAGCGCACCAAGCAGUUUGGAGAUGCCUCCCAGUUGGACAUCAUCAAGACGCGCAAAUCCAAGAGCAUGGAUCUAGUAGCCGACGAGAUUAACCUCAGCCGUCGUCCUGACAUCAACACAGGUUCCUCCACGAGGGACGUGGGCCCGUCAUUGGGCCUGAAAAAGUCCAGCUCCCUGGAGAGUCUCCAGACAGCCGUGGCCGAGGCGACGCUAAACGGCGACCUUCCUUUUCAUCGUCCUCGUCCUCGCAUCAUCCGGGGCCGUGGCUGCAACGAGAGUUUCCGCGCCGCCAUCGAUAAGUCGUAUGAUCGUCCGGCUGCCACGGAAGACUACGACGAGGGCAUGGAGACGCUGGAGGAGGACACCGAGGAGAGUUCUCGCUCUGGUAGAGAGUCCGUGUCCACGGUGGCCGAAUUGGCGCCACUGUCGCCGGGCGGAGAAAAGACAAUGUCGACGACGUUGAUCAACGGCAGCUCGAGAGGCAAAGAUGACAAAAAGAAAGACAAAGGCGGCAAAGACAAGAAGAAGGGUGAUGCGCAGAAAGACAAAGAAAAAGACAAGGAGAAGGGAAAAGCGAAGAAAGGAAUGCUCAAAGGACUCGGAGACAUGUUCAGGUUCGGGAAGCACCGCAAAGAUGACAGGAUGGAACGAAAAGGUUCCAGCAAAUGGCGGCCAGAGGAGACGCACGUUUCGGACGAGGAGACGAUGAAAAUGAAGAUGGAGCAGGAAAGGAUCCAGGCCAAGACGCGCGAACUUCGUGAGCGUCAGGCGCGAGAACGAGACUACGCCGAGAUCCUGGACGUGAGCCGCUCACCAGAGAGGUCCUCGGAGGAGGAGCACGCGUACGUCGGGGUCACCCUCCUCAACAACAGCGGGCACAACAGCCCCCGCAGUGACCACCACCACCACGGUCCACACAGCCCCCGCAAUGACCACGACCAGUUCCCCCGCUUACAUCAUCACCAUGCGCACCAGCACUCGGACUCCCUCUACACACAAGUCAGCAAGGUGCUCCCAGAGAGACCUCCUUCUGCAGACAGCAACCGCGUGGCUCCAAGCAACCACGACCGGAUACAGAGGCUGAGGCAAGAGUUCCAGCAGGCGCAGAACCUUCCGGACGACGGCGACGAUCGCCGAUGCGCUUUCGGCUUCGAGCAGCCCUGGUCCAAUGGUCCCGGCGCGGCGGCAGCGGGACAGCAGCCGGGUCGUCACUCGGUGUCGGUGGAGGUUCAGAUGCAGCGUCAGAGGCAGGAAGAUUCCUUCAGUCAAGCUCAGCGGCAGUACAGCUCACUGCCACGCCAACCGCGAAAGAAUCCCAGCUCCAUCUCUCAGGACUCUUGGGAAAAGUCGUACCCAGCCAACGAGGUCUUCCAGACAGCCAAAGACAAUCCUCGUUACUCUAGCUACCACCAGGGAUCCCGCAACGGCUUCCCCAGCACGGCCAACGUCAAUGCCAGGGUCCUUCUGGAAGCCCAGGAGCUUCUCAGGCAGGAGCAGAGACGGCGAGAGCUGGAAGCCAAGGACCGAGCCUCCCCCAGGGAUGCCCUGACCUCCCCAAUGGCGUCCCCCAAAGGCCCGUACCGCCACGAUGUGCCGCCUUCACCCUCUCAGCUCGCCAGACUCAACCGUAUUGGCUCAGAGAAAGGACGGCUCUUUUAUUCCUGAGGAUGAGAGCCCGUUCUAGCCCAGCGGCCGAGACCUCCAUUUUGUGACACGCAUGUUGAUGGCAUCUAUUUUGCCAACCGAACUGUGUGGCCCGCUUUUUGAAACGUCCCUCCAGGGGUGGUUCGACAUGUACGCCCCAUGCCUUGACUUCAUCUUUUUUCCUGCCGACAAGUGUCGUAUUCGUUGUUUUUCCACCUCAAUGCAAGGCUAACAUACUCACCACAUGAGAUUAUCACAUUCGAUCUACUUGUUACUCUUCCUACCAAAAUGAGUUUUCCCAAGGUGGAAAAAACACGCAGAGUGGAUUUUUUUCAUUUUAUUUUGCGCCUUAUUGCUAAGCUAUCAUGGUAACCAACACAGCCCCUAUCUCUACAUUGUCAACUUCCAGUUUCACCGUUUAGUUUAUUUUUUUCUCUCUGUGCUAUGCUAACAUGCUAACAACAUAUCCUGCAUACCCUUGCUGUUUUGUCAAAAGACUUCUCCAUUGAGAAAAGUGUACAGCGGCGGUUUUAUGAAGGUGUUUUUUUUUUCUCUGCAGUGUUAUGCUAAUAUUCUACCCAAAACCAAAAUAUCUACUUUCGAUCUAUUUCCUUUUUUACCUUCUGAAAUAAGACUCCCCUCCAGAGAAGUAGAAAGAAAAUAGAACAGUGUUUGUAGGAAUGUCCCAAUCACAGUUUUUGUACUGGAGUCUAAGUCACUUGAAAUGACUACAACCUCAAGUCCUGAUCCAGUCCAAGACAUACCAAAAUAAGUUCUUUUUUUUUUUUUAACUAGGCAAUAACAGCUCUUAAUGUUUGUAUUGACUUUUGUGUCUGAAUAGACUGUUUUCGACUGAUGUCACACUCUUUCACGUUGAGAACGCAGUAGCCAUUUUGGUUUGGUGAAUACUCGUAAACUAAGCAGGAAUCAUUUCAGAAAAGUGUACGAAUGGGGGCGCACUGCGACUGUAUGUUAUCGGUUGCUCAAACGAAAGCGGGCGUCUUUCUUUCGACUGCCAGCUGUGAUUAAGAACUAGUGCGAGAAAACGGAGCAGUUAGCAACAAAGCGGCGACAACUUGUGGCUGUUCCGUAUUAGCAGAGCCGAUCUAGUAGCUAAGUCAUUCCCUUAUGUCAGCAUUUGCUUGGAGGAUUUUGUUCUUGGUAAGUAUUGGAUACCUUUUAGAAUUUCACACCUACUAGCAAUGACUAAGUUCUGUGAAGGAGAAGUAUUCUUUAGGGCCAAGGGCCUACAUAAUACUCGUGUGUGAAUGCAAUGCAUGUCUCCAAAAUCUGUAUUUUCCGUUAUAUUCAAAUAAGUUUGCAAAAACAAGUUACCGCACCGCUAGCUGUUACGUGAGUAGAGUUAAAAAUGUAGCUGUGGAAGUGGAGAAUGAGGUGCGGACUCCACUUGGGACUGGUCCCGGUUGAACCUCUCUCUCCCCCUCUUGGUAACAAAAACGAAAAUAAUAAUCUACACCUCUUUCGUUGGUAUAAUCAACACAAUUGAACAACGCGGACCUUAAUCAUGCGGUACAUAUUUAAAUUGCAUUGUGCGGUACACUAACCUUAGCAGUGUGGAGACAGGUUGCUCACAAAGGGUACCGCGGCUAGCCAUUGAUGAAUUGGUUGUAGGCCUCCAGACCUUUGUAAUUCUUUAGUUGGUCCAUGGUAUAAGUGAUUGUCGAGAAAAGGAGAUAGUUGACGAUGUCUGGAUAGGUUACCGAUACCCACAGUUCGAAAUUCUUGCUCCAUUUUUCCUAGGCGUAUGGGUCAAUGUUGUCAAUAAAAGCACAUUUCUUGCCGUAAUGGUUUCUUGAAACAACAUCCAAUGAGCACCGAUACCUUUCCAAAGUCUUUUUAGCCAUCAUGCGUCACUUUUAACAAACAUUUGUGUAACUCCGGUCUGUAUGCAAAAGCAAUAGAGUGAACGGCGCGUCAGUAGAGUGAACCCAUCCGACAUGGCCAGGUGCCCCGGAUGUAGUCACAUGGUCGAAAACAGUCUAUACAUUAAGUCCGUGCUUAUGCUAAUGUGUUAAUAGCCAGCAUAGUUAUGAAAAGUGAGAUAUGACACAAUUUUUGGUGAGAGAAACAUCUGUAACUUACCGCAAGGUGUUUUCCUAAAUUAGAAUUUGGCUUAAAUAACCAAGUUUUGGCAAAGCUGUUCUUUUUAUGUAAACACUCAUAGUUGCUCUUUGAUUGGCCUGCAAAUGGUUCGUGUGCGCUCAUGUGACUUGGUUGUGCUGUUUGUUUGGUGAGUUGGAGUCAAAUGACACUAGUGAUCACGCUUGGAAAGCGCAACGGCUCCGUAUUUGGAAGUAGGUGAGGAAGUCUAAAAGUGCACGCAAUAAUGAAUAAAAGUAGCUAGCAGGAUGUUGAACAUUGUAAUGGAGUAAAAGUACUGACUUUUCACAUGAAUACUCGGGUAAAAGUUGAAUGUUCAUUCACACCACACUCGCAAGUGAAAUUUACCCAAAAUGUUACUUGAAUAAAUGUAGUGCGGUAUACAAAGGGGGACAAUAUGUUCGUUAAAAAAAAAAAAAGGUACAAAGCCCCUCCCACUUCUUGAAUGAAUAAUUAUGUGGUGUCUCCAUGGUGGAGAAUCAGCCAGAAAGUGUUGACAGUUCUUAUCUGCUGCCGAAUAACCCCCCACCCACCCAUCACUGACUCCCCCUCAACCACUCUGGGCUCAACUCUCUGGCCUGCCUGCCGCUCUGGGCCAUCCUCCUCGUCGUUAUACAUUAUCCUAACUACAUGCCUUCAACAUCCUUCCUCUACUGCCGCUUCACUGUCACCCCACCCGCCUGUCACCCAACCCACCUCCUCUGUUAUCCCCCCACCCCCCCACCCCCGCUUCCUCUCAUGAGCUGCUCUCAAACGGUGAAUUUUUCAUCACCAGCCACCUGCUGCCCGCGCGCACCACAAGAAAGAAAACCAGAUGCAAAGACUACUGCAAAUGAGCUCAUUUUGACACACAAGCACAUUUUUGUCAGGGAGCAGUCGGUUGAAGAGCAAUUUAAGUGAGAUAGUCAGACUCCAGUGGCCAACCUCCCCCAGGGUAGUUGUCAUAACUCAAAAUUCUUCCCACCUGACCCACUUUUGAGGGGGCAUUCACUGAAAAUUUUGCCUUACAACUCCAGUCAUAAUCAGUCCUUCCUCCAUUAUAAGCAUUCCAACUAUUUUAUCAAUUCGCUGCCACAUCAAAUUCCAAAGCAAACACUGAUAUCAGGUAUCUGUAUCACCCUCAUACCGGCCCUUUUCAAAAUACUGGGUAGUCAUGAAGGCUGCCAAUACCCUCUGGUAUGACCUUGAGGUAGAACUCCUCACAAGUAGUUGGCGGUACACUGCAAUCAUUAUUACCGUCAGAAAGAAAGAAAUUAAUUGAAAUGAGAUGUAUCAAAAGCACUAAUGUUAUCAGUACUCUGUAUUGGUGAGCACUCGAAUGGAUAAUCCUACUGGUAUUGGUCCGAAAUGAGGUAUUAAUUAAACAUUGCUAUUGUCAGGAUGCUGUUUGUAUCAUUGGUAGUAGGAACACUCCCACUGCAGCUCAGUUAGCAACAUUGAUAGUACCUUAUUAGUAUCUUAGCGAGAUCAACAUCUCACCAUCUUUCCAACUUUUCCAGUUAUAUGGUUCGGCCCUAUUAGGAUCUUAUUAGCACACUGCUAACAUUUGUUAGUAAAAUUGUUGACUGGUGCGUGUGGUGUCAGCUAACUUGGUCAAUGAAAGCAAUGGUUCUAGCACAGCUAUUAACAUUUUUACCACCAACACACAUAGCACAUUAAUAUUUACUUGCGUCGCCCCAUGUUUGAUCAAUCUUCGGACCUCUAAUAGGAUAUUGUCAGCAAUGUUGCUGUUGUAUGUUUUUUUACCAUAAUGGCUAGCACCUGGUUAGAAAACUUAUUGGUGUCACGUUACCAUCAUAGUGACAAAUUAAAAACAUUGUUUUCCUAAAUAUUUCCACUGCAUACGUUUUCAGGGCCAUGUUAGCAUUACUGUUAGCAAUAUUUCUGGCACCGCUGUUGCCAUCCCUGUUACAACAGAACUAGCACUUUGUUAGCAAUAUUGCUAGAGCCAUCUUAGCAACUAUGCUAGCGCCUUGUUAACAUAAUUUUGACCUGGUUGCCACUUCCGAUUAUAUUAGCAUACAUGUUAAUUUCAUUCCAUGUUUUUUUCCACAAAAGAUUCCUUGUACUCCUGCUAAAAUCUUACCAAGGCCAAGCUAAACUAGAUAUCUGAAAUGAAUAACCAACAGGCUGUUUUACGUAAAUUAUGUUCAUUACUCCAACAAAACCCACAAUCAUUGUUAAAAUUGAACUUUGCCAUCAUGCUUUGCGUUCCAAACAGUAUGCUAAAGAACAAGGUCGUUAGGUAGCAUUUGCAAGUUACACUUUAACUGCAUGAAACUUUUUUUUUCUAAUAUUUUUUGUUCCUUUUUGUGUGUGUAAUGAGUUGAAAAAAAUUGAAGUUUGUGUAUGUGGUGUCCUCAUUUACAUGAUGUGACAGAAGACAAGUUAUCUGUGAAUGUCAUGGUAACAGGACGCAACAUUAAUAAGUGCCUGAUGAUGAUGAUAAUGAUGUCAUAUUUUACACGAAGAAGGAUGCAACUUCUGCUCAUAGUGUUUUUAAAACUACAGUAUUUCACGAAGUUCCGGUACUCCUUUCUCUGCUUUGUUCGGAUUAUUAUUGCGGUAUUUUGAAGCGAGUGAUGUUGGUAUUUUGUUACACUAUUUUUAUUUGUUUGUUUGUUUGUUUUUUUAGUAAGAUGAAAAGUGGAACCUGAUGUGCAAUUGUUUAUUUUUCCUUGCCACAUUAUCAUAAGACACUUGUUGUGUACAUAUCAAUAUGUAGAAUA